AUGGGUAAUAAAAUUUAUAAGUAGAGUUAGAUGUCGAAGGCGAACCAUGAAUUCGAAAAUGGGAGUUAUCAAAAGUGCAUAUAAAUACUUAAGGAGGAGCUCAAAUUCCAUCCUAGGUCAAAAGAAGGACUAAGAUUAGUUUUGAAGGCAUACUUGAGACUCUAUGAAAUAGACAGGGCUGAUGAAGUCUAUUAAAAGUUUUUUCCAUCAGGUUCUACAGAAGAUGUAUUAACUAAGUCUGUUUACAUUAAGGAAACUUUAUUUUAUGAUGAAGCAAAAGCAAGGUUUAUGGGCAAAGAACUGCAGCAAUAGCUAGAAAGAAUGAAAUAUAACAAUAACACUUCUGCUUUAAAGGCUUAGCAAAAAGAUUAGUCAUUAUAAAAUUAGCAAUCAAAUCAACAACAAGUUAACAAUUUAAGUACUUCAAAUAACAAUAACAAUAACAUGAGCCAAUCAGUAGCCUCGGAAAUAAUAAUCACUAGCGAAUCUCUCUGUUUUGCCAAAGCAAUUUUAAAAUAUUUAGAUAGCCAGUUUGAUAGCUGUAUUAAAAUGAUCCAAAAUGAUAUUAUUUCCUAAGGCACACUGAUUAAUGCACAAAUAAAAUUUGACUCUUAAAUUAUAAUGAUAAUGGCAUAUAAUAAAUUGAAGCAAUACAAGAACAGUUUAUCACUCAUUUAGGAAUUGAAAUAGCCAGCUGCCGCUCUUACCUAAGAUAAAAACUUUGAAAUAAAUACCAUGUAGGCUGAAACUUAUUCUGCUUUAGGAAAAAUAGAGUAGUCGAUUGAAACAUUCAAAUCAUGUUUAGAAAUAAUUCCUGUUAAUACUUAUGUGAUGUUUCGUCUUUUCAAUUUAUGUGUGAAAUUAAAUGACUUAAGAUAGUCAAGAAGCUUUUUGGAGAGAGCUUUCAAAAAUAGACCCAACGAUAGUUUGUGCUAUAAAAUGCAAGGAGACCAUUACAUAAUUAUGAAGGACACAAAAAAUGCUAUGAAAAUGUUUGAAAAAGGAAUUACAAUCAAUAAAAAGUGUUUUAGAUGUUAUGAAACAUUAGGUGAUAUUUCUCCUGAAAAUCAACGACUUUCAUACUAUGAAAAAUGCUCUAAGUGCAACCCCUGCUACAGUGAUGUAAUGAUUAAAAUAGGUAUUCAUUACCUGCAACAUUCAGAUGAUUAUUUAGAAGCACUACGUUGGUUUUUCAAGGCUUUAGAAAAUAGAUCCUAACAUAAAUUAAUAUACUUUUAUAUUUCUCGCUCUUAUUAUUCUAAUGAGUAGUAUGAAUACGCUCUUAAGAAUCUAUCAAUUAGUCUUAACUUAACUUACGAAAAAAUCAACGAUCAGCUAAGUCUCUCAGUCAAAAUACUGAAUAAAUACUCUGAGUUCUUUAAGCCUUCUCUUGUGAUUGACUUCAUCCAAAAUAUUCGCUUUAAAUAUUUCUAAUAUUUCCCCACUAUAGCAUAAAAUCUAGAUAAUAUACAAUUCGCAAAGCUCUUCACUAAUUUUAUAGCUCCAACUUAAGUACAACUGUAAUUCUUUGCACUUUACAAGCUUAUUCUUAAUUAGUCAAACAAUUCUCAGUUGUCAAUAAUUUCAAACAUCGAUAAUGAAGAUAUAGGUUCAUCAAUGAAUCUUCAAGAAAAUUAAAACUCAUACCUAAUAAAAACUUAAUACACGCCAAUAAAUCAAAAUGCAAUUGAAAAAGCAUAGUAGUAUUUUCUUGAUGUGUUUAAUUUAUGA